UUACUGCAUUCACAGUCGGUCAGGCUGGUUAAUCCCACUGGUUGGCAUGCUAUGAGAUAAUACAGUGUAUUAAAAUGAGAACCCCCUAGAUUAGAUAGAUCGAUGAACACAAUUCAAUUCGAUAUUUAAUUGAGAAGAACAUGGCUGAGUUAAACUCAUCUUUGACUAAAGAGGGCUGGUACCUCAGUGAUGAGGGGAUAGAAGAAUUAAAAGGCACUGUUGAGAAAGCUUCGGCACAUGACAUCAUCCGUAUUGCACUUAAUAGUGAUUUGAGGCCAAUCGGAAGGAAGUACUUGCCUUCAGAGAUCAACAGUGGACGAGUGGACAAGUUGGAGGGUCCCUGCGUUCUCCAGGUGCAGAAGUUAAGGAACGUCUCGGCUCCCAAGGACCAUGAGGAGUCCCAGGGCGCCUCUAGGAUGCUCCGGCUGCAGAUGACGGACGGACACAUCACCUGCGUGGGCCUGGAGUUCAAACACCUGUCCAAAAUCAGUUUAAACACUCCUCCCGGAACCAAGGUGAAGCUACUUGGUACAGUCCUGGUGAAGAAUGGCAUUCUGUUGCUGGACGAUUCUAAAAUCUCUGUUCUUGGAGGGGUGGUCGAUUACAUGGUGGAGAAAUGGGACCUGCAAAGGAGCUUAGCCAAACACAACAGGAGCAACAUCGGCGCCGAGGGCGGACCCCCUCCCUUCGUGCCAUUCGGACAGAAGUGUGUGAGGAGGGAGGAGGUGGACAGCAGGGAGCUGGACCAGAGGAAGACUCUGCAGACCACCGGAGUCAUCAAGACCGCCGACGAGAACGACGAGUUUGAGAAGCAGAGGCUAGCGGCCAUCGCUGAGGUGGCCAAGAGCAAAGAGGGGCCUCGGACGUUUGGCGGCGGGGGCAACGCCGGCGGUAACCUUAGCAACUCUGGCUCCUCCUACCGCGGGCGAGACUCCUACCAGUCCAGGAGGAGAGAGGAGAGAGCGGAGCCAGCGGACUGGAGUGAGAGCCGGCCACAGGGAAACUACAGAGAUCUGGUGGAUGAGAGAGCUCUCAGGGACAUCAUGGAGAUGGGUUUCCACAGGGAGGCGUCCCGCCAGGCCCUGCUGGACAGCAACAACAACCUGGAGGUGGCCCUCAACUCCCUGCUGACCGGGGCCACCCAGCGCCCCGCCCCUGCCCCCCCCGAGCCCAGCAGGCCACCCCCGAGAGGGCGAGGAAGGGGCAGGUCACGGAUGGAGGAUGACGAGGAGGGGGUGGGAGGAAGGCCCUCGGGCCCCAGCACCCUGUUCGACUUCCUGGAGUCCAAGAUGGGGGUGUUUUCCAUCGAUGAACCAAAGAGCCAGGCUCCUCAGAAACGGCAGGAUGUUCGAGGAAGUUUCCCCGGCAACGACUACUACUCCAGAGAGCCAAACCAGUCCAGGUUCCCCUCCCGCAGCGACAGCCGGCAGCAGAGGGGGGGCGACCGACCGCCACGCUUCCAGAGGGACACCGACUUUCCCAAGCCAGGCCAGGACGCCCCCUCUCCAACCCCUGUUGUAUAUCCAUCCCUAGGCUCCGGCCUGGGCCCAGGCCAGGACAGGGACAGGGGUCAGGAUAGGGGCCAGGACAGGGACAGGGGUCAGGAUAGGGGCCAGGACAGGGACAGGGGUCAGGAUAGGGGCCAGGACAGGGACAGGGGUCAGGAUAGGGGUCAGGACAGAGACAGGGGUCAGGACAGGGACAGGGGUCAGGAUAGGGGCCAGGACAGGGACAGGGGUCAGGAUAGGGGUCAGGACAGAGACAGGGGUCAGGACAGGGACAGGGGUCAGGAGAGGGGUCAGGACAGGGGUCAGGACAGGGACAGGGGUCAGGACAGGGACAGGGGCCAGGACAGGGGCCAGGACAGGGGUCAGGAAAGGGACAGGGGUCAGGAGAGGGGUCAGGACAGGGGUCUGGAAAGGGGCCUUCGUAGCGGUGGGUCAGACAGGUGGCAGAACGACAGGAGAGGAGAGACUCGGAGCGGACAUGCGUCCUGCUUUUCCUCCUCCACUUUCCCUCGACCCAAAGAGCCCAGAGAUCACACAGAACCUUCCGGAAGUCUCCACCAGGGUUCCAGAGACGGCUCCGGUUCCGUCGGUUCUGCUUUUAACCAAAUGGCGCGAGAGAACUCUGUCCCCGACCUCUCCAAUAAGAGAGGGCCGAAGGACAACGGCCCGCCCCUCAAACCCGUCGAGUCGACCAAAAGCGUGCCAGACAGCAGGGCAGCCCACCAACCACAGCGCAGCGACAGCAGGAAUCAGGAGCCCGGCAACAGGAGGAGGGGGAAGUUCGACCGGCCCAACUCCGACAACUUUGACCGUUACUCAGACAACGAGCUGUUGAACUUGAACGUGUCGUGGGGGGGCAGGGACCUUACCACAAUGCCCCCAGACAGGGGGGUGUCCCGUGACUCCCGGCCAGGGAAGGGGGGGGCCCCGCACCUGCAGAACGGGGAAACCGAACACAGACGGAGCGGGCCAAUCAAACAGCAGAACUCCUUCAGCCACGCCCAAAAGGAGGAGUUCCCCAACAAGAUCACCUCCCAGAACCCCGCUCCCAGGAAGAGGUCAGGCCAGAUCAAAGGUCCCAAAGGGUCAGAGCAGGGUCAGGGUCCGGCCAUGGAGUCAUCCUCUCCAGGACCGGGCAGUUGGAAACCAGGAGACCAGUGUCUGGCUCUGUACUGGGAGGACAACAAGUUCUACAAGGCCAGGAUAGACGCGGUGCAUCCGUCAGGUAUGACAGCGGUUGUGGUCUUCAGCGACUACGGGAACUGCGAGGAGGUGCUUCUCCACAACAUCAAGUCGGUCUCCGUGGACGCCUGGGAGGACGACGAUGGUUACUAUGACAGUUGGUUAGAGUCUCGUCGAGGGGGAGACGGGCAGCCUAGAAGCACUCGGCCCACACAGCAGUAUUACCAGCCUCCCAGGGCGCGGGACUGAGGCGGGCCCUCGCCACGCCAGACUGAUUCAUCGAAAGACCACCGACUUCAUAACUGACACUGCUGGCCAAGAUCCAACAGCUUCUCUGCCCUCCUGUCCAGAUCCAGAAGGGGGAACUUCCCCAAAGGGCUUGCACAAAGAUGCGUUCAACAACGGACUCAGACGAAUUUUGCUAAGAGUAGGGCCACCAUGCUGCACUGUAAACGACGUAAAAGACGAUGUAAAAUAGUUGAUUAUACAAAGUAAUAAAGUCGCUGCUGUACUAUU